AUGAUGGAACGUGCUGUUAAUGUUGAGGAAGGAAUCAUCGACGAGCAAGUGGAUUUGGCGCCGAUAGAGCCAGUCAAGCUGGAAGGAGGAAUCAAUCUGACCGCGUCAAUUCCUCAGACGGUUAACCAAGGGAAGUCCAACAAGCGGGGAAGGCAGAACGGCCGAGGCAUGGGUCGGAAUGCUAAAAGGGUAGUCACAGAUCAUCUCGGGAAGUUCUAUGAAGGUUUGUUAUCAGUGUGGAAAAGGUGGGCAUGUUAA